AUGUGGUCCAUCGCCUCAUCGUCCAAUACUUGCGCUGUUGAUCCUACCUAUCUCCAUGUGGAGAGCACUCCAGUUAAAAUGGCGUUGGAUGGGAGCCUUUCUUCCCCCUUCCUGUCCACCGCCAACAUGUCGGACAAGAAAGACUCUACGCCAUCGAUGGAUGAAAAGCGCCCCGGGACUCCAUCAGACGACAUAGAUUUCGGAGGCGACACAACUUUACCACCUCCUCCAAAGCUUACGCCCGAGGAAGAGAGCAGGUUAUGGCAGAAGGUCGAUCUUAGGUUGAUGCCGAUUCUUGCAUUGAUGUAUCUGCUUUCAUUCAUGGAUAGAGGAAAUGCAAAGCUCCAAGGUUUGCUUACCCAGCUUGAUCUAACAGGCAAUCGAUACAACAUUGCUCUGACAAUGUAUUUUAUCCCAUAUUGUAUAUUCGAAUGUCCCUCAAAGUGGCUUCCCGGGAUCACAGUUACAUGGGGUAUAGUCAUGACCAUGAUGGGUCUCGUUAAAAACUAUCCACAAUUGGUUGGAGUUCGCGUUUGUCUCGGCGUCGCAGAGGCCGGACUGUUCCCGGGGGUGGUAUACUACCUGACGCUGUGGUAUCCACGACAUAUGCUUCAGUUCCGAAUUGGUAUAUUCUUUGGUGCAGCAUCACUGGCCGGCGCCUUUUCAGGUCUUCUUGCGUACGGAAUUAGCUUCAUGAGUGGUACUGCAGGGCUCCUUGGGUGGUCAUGGAUUUUCAUUCUCGAAGGGAUUCUCACUGUCAUCGUUGGCCUCAUCGCAUUCUGUGUUUUGGUUGACUUCCCUGCCACUGCCAAAUUCUUAACAUUGGAAGAGAGGGCCUUCAUUGUCCAUACCAAAAAGUAUGACAACUCGAGCGUGGGCGAAGAAGAACACUUCGAAAUGCGGCACCUCUGGGCAGCAAUAACCGAUUGGCAGGUUUGGCUACACGUUCUGGCAUACAUGUCCAUCAUUGGCCCUUUGUAUGGAAUUACUCUUUUCCUUCCAACUAUUAUCAAUGCGUUCGGUCAUCCACCUGCAAUCAGUCAGCUACUCACUGUGCCUCCCUAUGUGGUUGCGACUAUCUGUGCAUAUACUUGGGCUCACUACUCAGACAAAAUGAAAAUGAGGUCCCCCUUCAUUAUCCUUGGACUAGUAUGCUGCUUGAUUGGCUUUGCAAUCAACAUCUCCGAUGCUCCAAAUGGUGUUAAAUAUUUUGGGACGUUCUUCGUUGUAUCGGGGAGUUAUGCAGCGUUUCCCGGUAUAGUCGCAUGGCUGGGGAACAAUCUAGCUGGACAGUACAAGCGUGGUAUAGGGAUGGCAAUACAUAUUGGUGUAGGGAAUUUCAGUGGUGCGAUUGCAUCAAACAUCUACCGUGCAAAGGACUCACCACGCUUCCUUGUUGGUCAUGGAGUGGAAUUAAUGUUUGUUGGAAUUGGGUUCAUUGUGGUUCCCGUUCUCGUGCUCUCGUAUACUAUCAUCAACAGGAAACGAGAAGCAUUGCAACAAGAGGCUAUAAAUCGGGGAGAAGCAAACAAAUUGACCAAACAACAGCUACGCGAACUGGGUGAUAGGGCACCAGACUUCAGGUUAAUGAUCAUCUUGACGACAAUUUGA